AUGGUGCGUAAACUCAAAUUCCAUGAGCAGAAACUUCUUAAAAAGGUAGACUUCAUAUCAUGGAAAAUAGACAAUAACAUUAAUGAAGUUAAAGUUAUGAAAAAAUACCACAUCCAAAAGCGAGAAGAUUAUACUAAAUACAACAAAUUAUCCAGAGAAAUAAGGGAGUUAGCAAAUAAAAUCAAAGACUUGGACGCCAAUACAGAAUUUCGCACAGAAGCAAGUGCGCAAUUAUUAGAGAAAUUGUACCAAAUGGGACUAAUACCAACCCGAUGGGAUUUAGCACUUGCAAUUAAUGUUUCUGCCAGUUCUUUUUGUAGACGACGACUACCAGUUGUUAUGGUUAGAAGUAAAAUGUCACAAUCCAUAAAAGAUGCAACAAAAUAUAUUGAACAAGGUCACAUCAGAGUGGGUCCAGAAGUGGUGAAGGACCCAGCAUUCUUAGUAAAUAGGUCUUUAGAGGACUUUGUAACAUGGGUUGAUGGAUCAGCAAUUAAGAAGCAUGUCAUGGAAUACAAUGAAAUGCGUGAUGACUAUGAUGUGUUAUAA